ACAAUGUUGCAUCAUUUAAAUGCUAGCCAAUGAGUAGCCACGGUCUGAGGAAGGUGGGCCUGAGAGAUACCAGCAAGUAGGCAAGGCCAGAGGGUAAGGCUAACAGACACUGCCAAUAUGACGGAUCCGACUCCAGCCACCGUGACCUUGAAUUCUGCUCUUGUAUCCACUUCAAGGCUGGCUUCAACUGUACAUUACCUGAGUUCAGCAGCAGUGCCAACAUCACAUGCACCCCAUCACACGCCCCUUCCUGAAGUGCCUGUUAGAGCCAAAGACCUCACCGACUUGUCAUCUCAUACAGGAAUGUUGGAACACGAAUUUUCCGCGCCAGUGGCGAUACUCAUCAUUUUGGGGGUGAUGGCUGGAAUCAUCGGAAUUAUCCUUCUCAUCUCUUACUCUAUCGGCCAAAUAAUAAAGAAAAGGUCAGUUGACAUACAGCCUCCUGAGGACGAGGACCAGGGUGUGCCUUUGAGUUCUAUUGAGCAGGUUGGUCUUGAUGUCUGUAUUGUCUCUUGCAUGUAGGGAACAGAAAUGGAUUAGUAGACUCAGUCUUUCAGAGUCAUGGGGAAGAAACGUACCUACAUUCCCCAACGCUGCUUUUAUAAGCCUGAAUUUUUUUCUUUUUAAUGUGAGAAUUGCUUGUAGGGUAAAGAGAGUCUCUCCUAGGUACUUCUUAGUUCCCAACCUGCGGAGUGGUGCAUGUAGGAGACCGGACAACAGAGGUUAGGAUACAAUACUCCAGCUGUGCAGCCAGCGGCUUCCAAACUCACACACACACAACCCCUUACUGUGAAACCUUGACAAAGUUGCCCUUCUCUUCCCAGCAUAUAGGAGGCUGUGGAUUGGAGGAAGGAAGAUUGUGGACUGGAGGAUAGCCUGGACUAUGGAGUGGGAGCCUACAAGGUGUACACAUGGCCAUUAGCUCUUGUCAGUGCUUAGACUUCAUUUCUAAGUGACCUCCUUGCAUCCCGCAGCGAGUCUGGGCUCCUGCUCCCACUGCCUAUGCAGGUGCUGAGUUGUUCCACACGUGGACGAUGGCAGGGCCAUCUGUUCAUCCAGAAGGAUGAUGCCUCAGGAUCAUUGUCUGUCUAGAGAGAAUGUAUUACCACCCUUAAAGGUGGGACAUAGGCCAGGUGUGGUGUCACACUUGGGAAGCAAAGGCAGGCGAAUCUCUUCAAUUUAAGGCCAGACGGUUUUACAUACUGAGUUCCAGGACAGCCAGUGUGUGUACAGAGAUCCUAUCACAAAGGGAAAAAAGAGAAGUGAGGGAUUUUUACAAGUUAAAAAGAAAGCACCAGGCCGGGUGAUGGUGGCACAUUACCUUUAAUCCCAGUACUCGGAAUACAGAAGCAGGGAAUCUCUGGGAGAUAUUAAGAGUGAGUUCAAGGACAGCCAGGGCUACACAGAGAAACCCUGUCUGGGAAAAAAAAUAAAGAAAGAAAGAAAAAAGAAAAAAGGAAGGAAGAAGACGAAGGAAGGAAGGAAGUUAGGCAGGGAGGUAGGGAGGAAGGGAGGGGGAGGGGAUUAAA